CAGAAUCAGAUGCUAGCGUCAGUAGUCAGAACAGGAAUUGUGACAUACUUAUGUGUAAUAAGUUCCGCUGUAAGGCGAACUGAUUUGCGUUUAGGGAGGUUGUGAUGUUAACAAUUGCCGAUAUAACCUACUAGAUAAAAAAAAUGCAGGUAGAAACAGAGAAUAAAGCCAUAGCGUUGUUGCCACAGGUUAAUGAAGAAUUGUUACGUGAAGCUGAGGAUAUAUUCAGAAAGCACGGUGAUUUUACUGAUGAUGUCUUGCUUGCUCUUCAUUCACUAUAUGGUAAUCCAUUUGAGCGAGCUUUGGAACUCCUUGAAAAAAAUUGUGUUGUUUUUUUACGAACAACGAAUAAAUUAAGAUAUGUUAUACAGGUAACAGGGAGUUCGGGGACACCAUACACCGUUUUUCCAUCAGUUAACUACUGCUCUUGCCCUGCAUAUCGUUAUCAUGUAGCUGGAACCCAGACUGACUUGACGUGUAAGCAUGUUCUUGCAGGAAAGCUCUGUGAAAUAAUGGGUAAAGGCAGAGAAGUGGUUGUGUCAGCAAAUGAAAUGAUAAGAAUCCUCUGUAGUGCAGCAAAACUUGACACCAAAUAGACUUGGCAAUAUUGCUAUUGCCAAAGAGAUUUGGUAGUGUAAGAUUCUUCUUUAAUGAUUGCCUACAUUAAUAUAAGGUACCAUCCAAAAUAUUGUGUAGUAUUCACAAAGAAAGUGAACACCAUUGUAACUAUAAUAAUUUACAGUGUAAUCACUUCCACAUCAGUCCUAAAAUGAUAUGUAAGUUGUUUACUGUCUUAUAUUAUUAUUGUCAGUGCAGUUGAAAGUAUCAUACUGUAGUAAUUUGUUGCCAUAGAUGUCAUGGGCAUUGUUUAAUUCUGAAAAUACAUUUCACAAAUGGGAUUGUAGCCUGUUCCAACAUAUGAUGUAACAUGGAGUUUAUUCAUUUAUCCUUCUAUUGACAAUAUGCUCUGUUUGUAUGUCAUCUGAAUUUGUACAUCUAUUAAAUAUACACUGUUUAAAUAAACACAAUUUUUAUGUCAAUUUAACAUGUUUGUACAGCUUGUAUCUCUGUUCUUUUGUAAAUCUUAAUUAGACUUCGUUUAUUUAGCAUUUACAUACAUAUUGUUCAAAAUACAAUUAUGCCAAAUGAACUAUUGCUGAGACCACGUUAUCAUAUAUCACUGGAGAAUUAAUUUAGUAAUUCCAAGGAUUAUAUUUAAUUUAACACUGAAGUUUCAUAAGUUCAUCAAUGCUAUAGAUGAUGUUGACUUAUCAGCAUGUUUUUAGUUAUCUUUUGAAACUGCAUAGUUCUGAAAUACUCUUGAGUCUGAGGCAAAAUAUUGAAUAAAAGUUUUGGUUAAUAUAGUACAUGUUUUUAUCUUGUCUGUGCAUUUCCCUACAAAAAUCUUCUUUGUUUCUUAUGAUCCUACUGUUUAAUACUACUGUAAUCCCAUAAGACUUCAAGGAGACUAUGCAUACAUGCUGGCAUAGUCAAGAUUUUAAGUUCUUUAAAUAAUUUCCUACGCAAUUAACUUUUGGAGACAAAAUUUUAUGUUUCUACACACCUCAUCUGGGGUUUAAAGGUUUGGUGUGCCAUGCUCAUGUUACCCCAGAACAGAACCCUGUACCUUAGUUAAUCUGUGUUUCAGCAAGUGAUAUGCACACAACAGUGUUUCUAUAUUACAUUACGUCUUGAGCAUUCUUAAUAUGUAACAAUUCACCAAGCAGCGGCAGAACACAUCACUAUUGUGACUUUAACAAUAAUUGAUUGUUUUCGUUGCUAAUAUAGUAAUAAUAUUUAGUUGGUUUCCUGUUUAGUAUUUCAUUGUAACUUUCCCUAUUAAAUGAGCAUCUAUCCUUACUGCUAAGAAUUACUUCAAUGUAUUGGUGUGCCACUAGUGAUAUGAACUGUAUUACUCUCUUUAACUGUAAUUACAUAUUGU